AUGUCGUUUCGAUUUAUCGCCUCCCACAGGCAGGGAGGCACCAACAACACUCCGGGCGGGAGAAAUAUGCCCCCCUCCUCCUCCGGGGCUGGGGCUAGGAUCACGGGCGGCAGCAAUGUUGGCUCCAGCAGCAGCAGCAGCUUUAGAAACAACCCCCCUGAUCACUCCGCUGCUGCGCCGAAUCUCCAGAGCAUAGAGUUUGCCAGAUGGAUCUUUGAGCAGCAGCGGACUGUGGAGAUGGGGGUCAGGAAUGAGCAGUCGUCGUUGUCCUCGUCGUCGCCGCCCGUUAUUGUUAUUAGCGAUGACGAAGAGGGUGGUGGUGGUGGUGGUGGUCGGCGGUCUAGUCGGUCGAUUCGGUCUGUCAGGAGAAGCGGCAUGGCUGUCAAACGGCGAAUCGACCUUGUUGAUGGUGCUGAUGGUGAUACCAUCGUUGCCCGCCCCCCCGGCGUUGGUGUCAACAGGGGCUCUGAAAUCAUCGACCUCACCAGCCCCUCUCCCCCCCCUCCCCCUCGUGCCCCAAAAAGGCAGCGCACCACCACCACCCGGUAUCAGAACCGAAACGAGCCAGAGGAAGAUACGGGUGAUGAUUUGAUGUGGGAGAUUCAUGCCCUGCUGGGGGAGCGAUAUUCCCAUCCCCGUCGUCCCCAGCCUCGUCCCCAACCUCGUCCCCCUGCUCCGGUGGUUGAACCCUCUCCCUCCCCGAGUUCCGAACCGCAAAAACCAAAGCACCUCCAAACGCUCCCCCUAGAAAUCCUAACCAAAAUCUACCGCCACCUCCUCGUCUCCCCCAAACCCAUCCCCGUCAAAGACCUCUUCCAAGAAGUCAUCCGCGCCCCCCCCCGCCGCACCCGCACUCGCAAUCCUCCCACCCCCCGACGCGCCGUACUGGCGAUGGGGGAGGAGCCCGAACGGGAGUUCUCAAUCGAAAUCGGAAUCCUCCUAGUCAACAAACAAAGCUUUGCCCAGGGCAUACAAAUCCUCUACGGGGAGAACACCUUCAGCUAUCUCCUCCGCGACCCAAGCGCUGCCCGCACAGGUGGAGCGGCAAGAAGCAGAAGAGACGGGCAGAGAAACAGGAUUGACUGGUCCCGUUACGGGGGCUUGGUAAGACAGGUGGAGAUUGAGAUGGAGCGGAACCGGACGGGGGGGGAGUAUGCUAAUCUUUUGAGGCGUGCGCUCGAGAAACUGAGGGGGUUGAGGUUGAGGGAGUUGGUUUUGAGGCUUAGUCCUUUGUAUGAAAGGGAGGGGGAAGGGAGGCAUCUGAGUGUGGUGAGUUUGUUUGGACGGAACGCGCCGGUUAUGAGGGCGUUGAGGGGGGUGGAGGUGGAUUUUUUGAGAGUGGGGGUUAAUGUGAACAGUCAUUUGAUUGACGGGGAGGAGGAGGAUGAGACCGAGGGUGAGGAAGAGGAAGGGGAGGAGGACGAUGCGGUCAGGCCCAGGCGGUGGGCACUAGAGAUGGGGAUUGAUCUUAGGUGGGUGGGGAGGGAGAUGGAGAGGCUGAGACGGGAGGGGGUGGUGGGGGAGGGGUGGGAGAAUGAUGAGAUCAUCAAACAGGCGAGGGUGGAGAGGGGGAGGAGGGCGGAGGAGAAUUUGGGGAGGCUGAGGAGGUUGAUUGAGGAAGCUUGUGAGAUGCCUGAGUAUGUGGUCAAGUUGGGGAUGAGGGGGGGGUUGUGGAAGACGGUGGAGGAGGCCGAGAGAUUAAGACAAGAGGAGAGGAAGAGGAUGGAGAAAAAGUUUGAUGUGGAUGGGUAUGAUGAUUUGGAUCCGACCCGGAAGGAUGUUGUUGAGUUGAGGAAGAAGGUUAGGGAGGAGAAGGAGGAGGAGGAGAAGGAGGGGGAGGAGAAGGAGGAGGAGGAGGAUAGUAAUGAUGAGGAGUAUAGUGACGAGGAGAGUGAUGAAGAGGAGGACAGUGAUGAGGAGGAUGACGAUGAUGACAACACGGACAGCGAUGAAGAGAACGACAGUGAUGAUGAUGAUGAUGAUGAUGAUGAUGAUGAUGAUGAUAAUGAGGUGGUGGAGGAGGAGGAGGAGGAGGACUGGGUCGAGAUCAAGGAUAUUCCCCUUUCCAGAAGGCUGAAGAGCUUGGUCAUCAGCAUUGACAAGGUCGGGGGCGGGUGGAAGUGCUUCCGGAUCUGA